UGGUAUCGGAACCAGAGUGUGUCACUGCCUGAUCACAUUACUAUGAUGGAGAACCAGCUCUCUGGCUACUUGCUUCGGAAGUUCAAGAACAGUAAUGGCUGGCAGCGACUGUGGGUGAUCUUCACCAGUUUUUGCCUUUUCUUUUACAAAACACACCAGGAAGAUGCCCCACUUGCCUCUCUGCCACUUCUGGGAUACACAGUCAGUAUUCCAUCAAAUUCAGACCCUGUUAACUGUCGUCAUGUCUUCAAACUACACUUCAAAUCACAUGUGUAUUUCUUCAGAGCAGACAGCGAGUAUACGUGGAGAAGGUGGAUGGAGGUGAUCAGACGUGGAGUGAGUUCUCCGGGAAAAAUUGGACACUUGGCAGAAGAUGGAAGCAUGGUUAAUUUCCCUCUGUGA